CGGUGGAUUUUAGCAGUUCAGUUCCUAACGCUGUAUUGCUUCUCUUUAGGUUGUGGUUAAGACGCGAGGAAAAUACAAAUGCAUUUCUUUGCAUUUUGAUAAAGAAUUAAAGUAUGCAGACCGUAACAGUAUAUUAGACCUGGAUUGAGUGAAGAGGCGGCUGUGGGGGUCGGACACUGCUGCGGAGUUUCAGGUCGAUAUCGGCCUGGCUCUUCUGAUUAGUUCGAGGAAAAGAACAGGGUUAGGGAUUUCGGGAGUAACCACUAACGUUUUACUUUCAGUAUAGUUCUCUAAUUUGUUAUUUCAUAUACUACAAUGGCGUCGUUGUCUUUAACACAUUUAAAAGAAUUAAUGCGUUCCAUGGUGGACAGCCCUGGUUUUGAUCGGGUUUUAAGUAAGGUUAACAUCGUAUCAGCAAGUCCAGGUAAAGUGGUUUGUGAGAUGAAGGUGGAGGAAGAACAUGCGAAUCGUUUGGGCACGCUACACGGUGGGCUGACAGCCACUUUGGUAGAUGUAAUUUCCACAACCGCAUUCAUGUACACUGAGCGAGGCCUUCCUGGUGUCAGCGUUGACAUGAACAUCACGUACAUGAACGCAGCCAAGGUAGGAGAUGAUGUGUUCAUUACUGCCCAGAUAUUGAAGCAAGGUCGGACACUGGGAUUUGCCACUGUUGAUCUUACCAGCAAGGCGACUGGAAAACUGAUUGCACAAGGAAGACACACUAAGUACUUGGGUGGUUAAAUCUGGGCUUAAUAUUUGAGCAUUAUUUGCAUAAACUGUAACACGUGUCCAAAUAAAUUCUAUUGGUUGCAAAUAUUUUACAAA